AUGGAAGAAGGAAGUAAGGGCUCAGCUUCUGUUGAGCUUCCACAGGAUAUCAUGGUUGAUAUAAUCUCAAGAUUACCUGUGAAGAGUCUCCUACGAUUUAAGUGUGUCUGCAAAAUUUGGAAUUCCCUGAUAUCUAAACCUAAUUUCGUCCUCUCCGCUUCCAGUAGAGAACGUGUAGUUGUUAUGUGCUCACCUUUUACUCGGUCAGUCUCUGCUGGCUUGGCGAUGGCAACAUUUUAUUCAGUUGAUGAUAAACUUGCAAUCACGAAGGUCCCUAGUCCGCUUGGCGAUUUUCUAGUUACCUAUUCCAAUUUUGCGUGUGUUGGUAGUUACAAUGGGAUGGUACUCUUUUAUGCUAACAAGAGCUUUCGGAUGUGGAACCCAUCGACGGGUAGGUGCAGUUUGUUUGGUCAACUCAAUGGUUUGACAAAUAGAUUCAGAGAAUCUCACCGCAUCAUAUCUGGACUUUGUUUUGACAAAACCUCUGAUGAUUACAAAGUACUGCUGGUGACUACACGACGCCCUCUAGGUGUUGGAGCGUCUGAUACCAUUGUUCAUGUUGCCAGUUUAAAGAAGUGGAGAAUACAGAAGGAUUUGCUCAUAUAUUUUGAUGAAGAGAUAGACCAGUUUAAGGAAUUGCCAAUGCCUGAAGAUGAUAAUGGAGGUUUGGCUUAUUAUUUUGGACUUGCCAUUUUGGAUGGAUGCCUUUGCUUGUCUAGAGUAGCAAAGAGGUAUGAGGACUUCAAUCGAGAUAAUGAUGAUAAUGAUGUUUUUGUAAUGGCAGAAUAUGGUGUGAAGCACUCCUGGACUAAAAGGUUCACCAUAAAAGGACUUCUAGUGCCCCUCCGUUUGAGAACUCCUGAUAAUCUUGUUUUGGUUUCAAGGAGGGGCCAUUUAUAUACAUAUAACUUGGAGAGUAAGGACUUUACGAGUAUUAAAGUCACACUCAACCCUCUUCAAGAAAGGAGUUACCACAUAAGACACAAGGCCACCGGAGAAAGUAAACGAUACAACUUGAGAGACAAUCUUCACCCAAGAAUUAACUCUGGACCUGCUGUUUUGGACAUCUGCGCCGGUCCUAUUAUGUUUACAGAAAGUUUGGCAUCAGUUGAUUGCAUGAAGUGUCCCAAGAGGUGA